CUCUCUCCACCCAUUUCACCUGGAUCUGUCUCUGCAGAACACCAUGAAGGUUGUGUUGGGCAUCCUGGUUCUUCUCCACUGCGCAGCACAGGUGCAAACCCUGUCAUGCUUAACUUGUGCUGCUGGGACUGCUGAUGAAGCCACUUGUACGACCCAAGUCUGCGCAGGUGGUGAAUCAUGGUGUUUCAAUACUCAUACAGUCACAGGAAGCACCAUCACUGUUGAAAAAGGCUGCGCGCUCACUUGUGUACCUGACCCAACAACAAUCUGUUGCAAUACGAUCGACUGCAAUGUGCAAACCCUGUCAUGCUAUACUUGUGCUGCUGGGACUGAUGAAGCCUCUUGUACGACGAUUACUUACUGCGCAGGUGAUGAAACAUGGUGUUUCAAUACUCAUACAGUCACAGGAAGCACCAUCACUGUUGAAAAAGGCUGCGCGACCACUUGUGAACCUGACCCAACAACAAUCUGUUGCAAUACGAUCGGCUGCAAUGGGGUAUGCUGCAUAGGACCCGGGUGUAAUGAGAUAUUGAUUUGCUUCAAAUGUGAUGAAACAACCGAUGAAAGUUCCUGUACUCCAAGUCCAUGUGCAGCUGCAACAUUCUGCCAGAGUGACUACAAACUCAACGGGGCAGGAGUGCCUGUUGUCAUUAAGUCCUGUGCAGCUGAUUGCAAAGCUGUUGACAAUACAGCAGACAAAAACGUGAGGACAACUUGCUGCAAAACGGGAUAUUGUAAUGGAAACGCCUUGAGUUGCAACACUUGUUCUAAUGAAGCUGACGAACCUGAAUGUGCAGCAACAGCCUGCGCUGCAACUGACAAACUAUGUCAGAGCACUUAUACUCUCACUGCACCAGAUGUUCCAGUAUCAAAGGCAUGUGCUGAGGCUUGCACACCAUCCGCUACUGUGAAGUGCUGCGGUACAUCUCAGUGUAACGUGGACCUCUUGAAAUGCUACACCUGCACUGACUUGACAGAUGAAUCUAAUUGUAAAGAUAUAACAGUCUGUGGGUAUGGUGACAAGUUCUGUAAAACCACUUACAAACUAACUGGAACUGGUAAGUAAUGAUCCCGAAGGGCCGGGUUUCUCUGACUAUAACAAGUUUAACUGGCUUCUCUUUCUCUCGUACAUUCCUACUUAGUGUUGGGAUUAACAUAGAUUUUUCCAGCAGCUUCUUUCUAAAUAAGGACAAGAACAUAUUUGCAGUCAUCACAAGAGACAAGUUUACAUUGCACUAAUGUUUCCCACAUUUAAGUCACCAUUCAAUCAGCUAACAAUAGUAUUCAAGCCAGAUAAAUGUAUCUCUACAAUCAGGGCUGUUUUGAAAAUGUACCUCCACCUACAAAUCCAAGCUAAAAUACUUUUUAUUACAGGCUUCACAUUGUUUUUAUUCUCUAAUACAAUGUUUGAAAUGGCAAGAGUAACAAAGGCCUGUGUCAAUUGAUGAGAUAAUAGUUAUAGAAUUAUGACUAACUUUCUUUUUGCAUUCAUUGAUAGGUGUCACCGUCAGCAAGGGAUGUGCAUCAACUUGUACUGUAACAACAGCUUUCCCGCGAGAUGAGUGCUGUCAGGGAAAACUGUGUAACGAUAAAUUGAUUUGCUUCAAAUGUGCUGAAACAACCGAUGAAAGUUCCUGUACUUCGAGUCCAUGUGCAGCUGAAGCAUUCUGCAAGAGUGACUACAAACUGAACGGGGCAGGAGUGCCUGUUGUCACUAAGUCCUGUGCAGCUGAUUGCAAAGCUGUUGACAAUACAGCAGACAAAAACGUGAGGACAACUUGCUGCAAAACAGGCUAUUGUAAUGGAAAUGCCUUGAGUUGCAACACUUGUACUAAUGAAGCUGACGAACCAAAAUGUGCAGCAACAGCCUGCGCUGCAGCUGACAAACUAUGUCAGAGCACUUAUACCCUCACUG